AUGUCCGACCAUAUCCCUUUUCCACACCCUACACCCAACGAAGAAUAUGCCGAAUUUCCUUUCCCAGUCACAAGCAGCCGGCAGAGCUUGGAACGUGAGCCUACAGCCGAUGGCGACCAAUACGAGAUAGGGCUGCAGGCGCCCACAACGCCCACAACGCCCGUCACUCCCACAACACCUGAACAACCCGCACAGGAAUUUCGUAUUGAACUUCCCCCCCAAUCCCCAAUUGAACCGUCAAGUGAACCUCGCGUUCGAUCUCCUCGAGUACGCUUUCGCUCCCUGAGCCGUCUAAGCGAUCGAUACCUGCACCCAUCCGACUCUCACCGUGUCUUCUCGGAAAAAUCCGAUGCAUCCAAUGACCCGUUACUGCCACCCGCCGAGUUGAGCACUCUUCCCCUGCACGCCUCCGGAACCGUCACCCCGCCCGCCCCCGCACAUUCCCGCCACGCCGGCGGUCGCAUUCCAAACAGACCAUCCCCCGCCGCUUUCUCCGAAAAAAAUGAGUCGGACACCUUCGAGCGAACAUCCUCUGCCCGCGACCGAUUCCGAGCUGCCGGUCAGCUCCUCCGCCAAAAGACAACUCGUUUCACCGAACGUCUCGGUCGCCCCGCUGACGAUGGCGAGGCCCUGAACGCCUCCCUCCUCCCAGACGAUUUCAACGGCAUCCCCCUCGAAGAACUCCAGGCUCGUCGCGCCCGCCGCGAUGCCGAUCACCUCCGCUCCCUGGAAGCCGGCGAAGAGCCGAGCCAACCUGCGCCGAGCGCAGAGGCUCAUCGCCUCGUGCGCAGCAUGACAAUGGUCCAAGACCGGCUCAAGCGCAAGCCGCGUGGCGCAUACCAGCGCUCGGGCCAGAACACCCCCGAGGGCCUACUGCGCGAUUACACCGCCGCCGCCCGUCGUCGCUCUAGCGGCGGCUUCGGUGGUGGCGGCAGUGGUAUCUUGUCGCAGCUGUUGAAGCUGCAGGCUGUCCAGACGGGGAGCUCGUCGCGCCCGGAGAGUGUCAUUACCGAUGACUCGGAUAGCGAGACCAUGUUCUCGUCGGGUGGUACGACGCCCAAGAAGGGCUCGCAGUCCCCGUCCAUGCUACUCUCCAUGCCUACCUCGGGCGCCGCCACCCCGCGCAAGGAGAAGCUCAAGUGGUACAAGAAAUCCAAUCACCGCUCGACUUCGUCGCUGGUCAAUGCUUCUAUGAACUUUAGUUCGGCUAGCUUGCCUGCGGCGGCAGAGGUUAUGCCGCUGCCGGGUAAGCGCCACAAGAAGAAUAAGCGCAAGACGCGCUUGGAGGAUGAGAUCCGUGUCACGGUGCAUAUCGCCGAGAUCAUCUCGCGUCAGCGGUAUAUUAUGCAGCUUUGCCGUGCGCUUAUGCGCUAUGGUGCCCCCACUCAUCGGUUGGAGGAGUAUAUGCAGAUGACUGCGCGGGUGCUGGAAGUGUCUGGUCAAUUCUUGUACCUUCCUGGCUGCAUGAUCAUGUCGUUUGAUGACCCGGCCACCCGUACUGCGGAGGUGAAGUUGGUGCGGAUGGCCCAGGGUGUGGAUCUUGGACGACUGGCCGAUACACACAACGUGUAUAAAAACGUUGUCCACGAUCUGAUCGGUGUGGAGGAAGCCAGUCAAGAGCUGGAUGAUAUCAUGCAGCGUAAACCACGGUACAACAAGUGGUUGGUGGUCCUGCUGUAUGGUAUCGCCAGUGCGGCAGUCGGCCCUUUCGCAUUCGAAGCUCGCCCGAUUGACCUGCCUAUCAUCUUCUGCCUUGGCUCUCUCGUCGGCUUCAUGCAACACGUCCUCGCCCCCCGUUCCGUCCUCUACUCCAACGUCUUCGAAGUCACCGCCGCCAUCCUGACAUCCUUCCUUGCGCGCGCCCUCGGCAGCAUCGAAGUAAACGGUAGUCGCCUCUUCUGUUUCUCCGCCCUCGCUCAAUCCUCAAUCGCUCUCAUUCUCCCGGGCUUCACAGUCCUUUGCAGCAGUCUGGAACUGCAAUCCCACCAAAUGAUCGCUGGUUCGAUUCGUAUGGUCUACGCCAUCAUCUACUCUCUCUUCCUCGGCUACGGCAUCACAGUCGGCCUCACUAUCUACGGCUUAAUGGACAGCAACGCCUCCUCCCAAACCACUUGCCCCAACCUGGAAGUCUACGGAUCCGUCUACGUCCGCAAAUUCCCCUUUGUUGCUAUCUACGCCGUCUUCCUCGCUCUCGUUAACCACGCCAAGUGGAAACAAAUGCCCGUUAUGGUCUUCAUCGCUACGGCCGGUUACAUCGCCAACUACUUCAGCACCCUCAAGUUCGGCUCCUCGUCCGAGGUCGCUAAUACCGUCGGUGCAUUCACCGUCGGCAUGCUGGGUAACCUGUACAGUCGUCUGUGGCACGGUCAUGCCGCCACGGCUAUUUUACCUGGUAUCUUCGUGCUCGUGCCCUCGGGCCUUGCAUCCAGUGGUUCCUUGCUCUCUGGCCUCACCUAUGCCAAUGAGGUUAUCGCUGGUGACACAUCAUCCACCAGCUCCUCUGAUACAUCCGUCUCCAGUCUUGGUUUCGGUAUGAUUCAGGUUGCCAUUGGUAUUACUGUUGGCCUCUUUAUGUCAGCUCUCAUCAUUUAUCCUUUCGGAAAGAAGCGCACUGGCUUGUUCAGCUUCUAG